UUAAUUAAAGAUAGAGCAGAAGUUGAAAAAACAGUAAAAAGCAGAUCCAUUCAUCCCCACAUUUUCUUCACUCUCUCUCCAAAACAUUCCUUUUCUUUUCACUCAUCCUUGAAUCUUCUCCUAGUAAGAGUAACACCAAACACUACAACCUUAACUGUUUUUUCAACUUUCAUCCUCUUCCACACACUAAUUCAUAGUCCAAUAUCAAAAAAGGAGAAAAAAAAUAUAAUAUAUAAAGUGUUGUUUUCUUUGACUAUACCACAAUUUGUGGGGUGUCUUCUAAAUCAUUGUUUUUCACUUUUGUCUCCCAAAGUUAGAGGCUUUUUGAGUAGCAUUUGCUUAUUCCAGCUAAAUUUGCAAGAUUUGUCAUUAGGGUUUUUUCAGAGGCUGGUUGUUGUAGAUGGUGAGAGAGUGAGUGAGAAUGUGGUUGGUACAUGUUUUGGAACUUGGUGAAGGAAGUGGAAGUGUAAAUGAGAGAUUUUGAGAGAUGGGUUGUGUGUUUGGUAAAGAGUCAUUGGUGGAGGAGAGGAGAGAGGAAGUGAGAGAAGAGAAGGUUGAUGUGGGUGGUGGUGGUGGAGAGGUUGAGAAUGUGAAGGAGGGUGGAGAGGAGAAGAGAGUGAGACAUGGUGGGGAGAGAAGAAGGCGAUCUUCGAAGGCGAAUCCGAGGUUGAGUAAUCCUUCUAACAAUGUUCAUGGUGAACAGGUUGCUGCUGGUUGGCCUUCUUGGCUUUCUAAGGUUGCUGGUGAAGCUAUCAAUGGUUUGGUUCCUAGGAGGGCUGAUACUUUUGAGAAGCUUGAUAAGAUUGGGCAAGGUACAUAUAGCAAUGUUUACAAGGCUAGGGAUACUUUAACAGGGAAGAUUGUUGCUCUAAAGAAGGUUCGUUUCGAUAAUUUAGAGCCCGAGAGUGUGAAGUUUAUGGCUAGAGAGAUUCUGAUUCUGCGUCGGUUGGAUCAUCCCAAUGUUGUUAAACUUGAAGGCUUGGUGACUUCUAGAAUGUCGUGUAGUUUAUAUCUUGUGUUUGAAUAUAUGGCUCAUGAUUUGGCUGGACUCGCUACAAACCCUGCGAUUAAGUUCACAGAGCCUCAGGUAAAAUGUUACAUGCAUCAACUAUUUUCUGGGCUGGAACACUGUCACAACCGUCACGUGCUGCAUCGUGAUAUAAAGGGUUCAAAUCUUCUUAUUGACAACGAUGGAAUUCUCAAGAUUGCUGAUUUUGGAUUAGCUUCCUUCUUUGAUCCUGAUCACAAGCACCCGAUGACAAGUAGAGUGGUGACUUUAUGGUAUCGGCCUCCUGAGCUCCUUCUUGGAGCCACUGAGUAUGGCGUAGGAGUGGACCUCUGGAGUGCUGGCUGCAUUCUUGCAGAAUUGUUGGCUGGGAAACCUAUCAUGCCUGGUCGAACCGAGGUGGAGCAACUGCAUAAGAUAUUUAAGCUAUGUGGUUCUCCUUCUGAAGAAUAUUGGAAAAAGUCAAAGCUUCCACAUGCUACUAUUUUUAAACCACAACAAUCAUACAAGCGAUGCAUAGUCGAGACUUUUAAGAAUUUUCCACCGUCAUCCCUGCCACUGAUCGAGACCCUUCUCGCAAUUGAUCCAGAUGAACGGCUAACCGCCACUGCUGCAUUGCAUAGUGAAUUCUUUAUUACAAAGCCUUAUGCCUGUGAUCCAUCUAGCCUUCCUAAAUAUCCUCCCAGCAAGGAGAUGGAUGCGAAACUACGCGACGAAGAAGCUAGAAGAUUGAGAGCAGCUGGUAGAUCGAAUGCUGAUGGUGUCAAGAAAUCCCGCCCACGUGAGCGAGUAGGGAGAGGACUUCCCGGUCCCGACGCCAAUGCCGAACUGCAAGCAAACAUCGAUAGACGGCGAUUGAUCACGCACGCCAAUGCUAAAAGCAAGAGUGAAAAAUUUCCACCUCCACACCAAGACGGAGCUCUAGGUUAUCCUCUCGGCUCUUCUCAACACAUGGAUCCCAUGUUCGAUCCACCGGACGUUCCAUUCAGUUCCACAAACUUGUCACUACCAAAAACAAACAUCCAUACAUGGUCCGGCCCAUUGAUAGACCCUGGCAGCGUCGGUGCACCGAGGCGAAAGAAGAAACAUGGCAGGGCCACACUUUCAGAAGCUCAUCACAUAAUGGAGAUUCUUGACUUAUAUGCUAAGGCGGCUGGUCAAGAGAUUAAUAUGUCAAAGUCAGAAGUUUUCUUUAGUCGCAAUCUGAGUGUCCCAGCACAGGAGGACCUGGCAAAGGUUAUGGGGGUCCGUCAUGUUCUUGGGACUGGUAUUUACUUGGGGCUUCCGUCUCUGAUAGGUCGCAGUAAGAAGGCUACAUUUUCUUUUGUCAAGGACCGUAUAUGGAAGCGUAUUAAUUCGUGGAGGGGUCGGUAUUUAUCAAGGGCAGGUAAAGAGACUAUGAUCAAGUCUGUUCUUCAGGCUAUCCCGGCUUAUAUUAUGAGUAUUUUUCUUCUCCCGGAUGGUGUGGUUGAUGAUAUUGAGAAAAUGAUUAACUCUUUCUGGUGGGGAGGUGGUUCUAAUGGAAAGGGGAUUCGUUGGAUGUCAUGGGAUAAGUUGACAGUCUCGAAGGAGGAGGGUGGUUUGGGUUUCAGGGAUUUUAGAGCUUUUAAUAUGGCUAUGGUAGCAAAACAGGGUUGGUUUAUCAUGUCUAAUCCUCAAGCUCUUGUGUCCAGAGUCUUCAAAGCAAGGUAUUUUCCGAGAACUACUUUCUUUGAUGCAACUCUUGGUUAUAACCCCAGUUUUGUUUGGCGUGGUAUUUGGAAGGCGAGGGAGGUUCUAAUGUUGGGUUGCAGGUGGAGUAUUGGAGAGGGGAGCAAGAUAAAAGUCAUGCAGGAACCUUGGCUCCGUGGUACGAAUGAGGGUUGUUUGUCUGGUCCUCAAGUGCAAGGUGCGUAUAAUAUUACCGUUAAGGAUUUGUUGCUGCCUAAUGUUAAACAAUGGAAUAUGCGGGUUAUUCGUACUUUAUUUGAUGUUACAGUUACAAAAGAUAUCCUUCAAGUACCCUUAGUAGAGGAUGUUAUGGAGGACAGAUUAGUUUGGAAGGAAGAACAACAUGGCAUGUAUAGCGUUAGGUCGGGAUAUCGUGUUUGGAGGAAGGUGAGGAAAAGGUAUGAUGGGGGGUCCGUAAAGGGUAACUGGAAUAGCCUAUGGAAGAUAGCGGCACCGGCUAGAGUUAAACAUCUCCUUUGGAGGAUUUGUACGGAGUGUCUUCCGACGAGAGUGCGACUACGGCAACAUCAUGUUCCAUGUGCUACUAAUUGUCCGUCUUGUGAUAACGGGUAUGAAGAUGACUGGCAUGUCUUUUUUGGUUGCUUAGAGGCAAUUUCUUCCUGGCGGGCAGCAGGUUUGUAUGAUGUUAUAUUUCACCGUCUCCAUUCUUUCCAAGAUGUUAAAUCUGUUAUUUUUGAUAUUUGCUGCAAAGAAGAUAAUAAACUUGCUGGUAGAGUAGCGGUAAUGAUAGAGAAUUUAUGGAAGAAUAGAAAUGAUUGGGUUUGGAAUAAUGAGAAAGAAGAAGCUACUAAACUAGGAUGGUUAGCUUUGCAUAAGUGGCAAGAAUGGUUUUCUGCUCAACAAUUUCGGCACUCUGAACAAGUUGAGGAGAAUCUCUUACAAUGGCAUCCGCCGUCGAGUGGCUCCUUUAAAUGUAAUGUGGAUGCAGGUUUUAACCGUCGUUUAGGUACAACAAACCGUGGAUGGUGUAUUCGUGAUGAUCAUGGUGAUUUUGUUGUAGCGGGAGCGGCUUGGGAUGGUGGUACUUUAUCUACUUUAGAAGCGGAAGCUUUAGCCCUCAAGGAAGCUAUCCAUGGUGUUAGUACCCUUCACCUUGGCCAUGUUUUAUUCGAAAGUGACUCUCAGGUGGUUGUUAAAAGCUUAAGAUCAACCGCUUGUGGCAAUUCUGAGUUUAAUUGUAUUAUCUCCGCUAUUAAGUUGUUACUAUUAGAUUUUCCCCACUUUGAGGUGAAGUUUGUAAAGCGUCAAGCGAAUAUGGUUGCUCACACUUUAGCUAAGGCGGCCAAUUCCUGGACUCGACGCAUGUUAUUUGAUGAAAUUCCUCCUUGUAUUUUAUCUAUUUUGAAUAAUGAAAGAAGUUAAGUUUGCUUUUGUCAAAAAAAAAAC